GUUCAGUCCAUUGUGGGAAACUCAUCAUCAGAACUUCACGAGCCUCCAGUCACCGACCUCUCUUUCUGUCUCUCGGCCCCAUCUUUCAUUACAACCCGUACUCAUCCUAAUCCACCACUUAUUCGAAAUACAGCCGGAGAGAGCGAGACAGAGUUUUUGUAGUAUUUGGAGGCUGUUCUCUCUUCAGGCUUGAAACCCACCUGUUUUUUUUUUUUAAUCUUCAACUGCAUUUAGCUAUAGAAAGAAGCAAAGAGAGAAUGCAGGAGUACUCUGUGUCUGCUGCUUCUUCUUCUUCUUCUUCCUCCUUUCAAAGUCUAGAGGAUGAUCCCAGGCCUGAGGAUAUCAUACGCUUUGAAAAGUCUCUACAGGAACUUAGAGAGUUACGUGCUCAGCUUCAUUAUGCUGCCGAUUAUUCGGAAACGACGUUCUUGAAUGCCAAAGAGAAGAAAAUGGUGAUGGAAAACACAAAAGAGUACAUAUGCAGGUCCGUGGUCACUGUUGUUGAUCACCUUGGGACUGUCUCUGCUGACCUCAACUGCCGAAUUUCUCAGAUUAAUGCUUUUUCUGAUGCCGAGCUUCGAAUCAAUUGCCUAAAGCAAAGACUUCUGGUAUGUGAACAAUAUGCUCACAAGCUUGCUCUAUCUAGACUACGGUGGAGUGAGAGUAUGAGAAGAUAUCAUCGUCGUUAUUUAUCAAUGCCAAUUACAACCGUUGAGAAAGCAUGUGAAGAAGGUUCAAGGGAUACUGAUGAUCAAACUGAUGGCAAGAUCAUAGACCAACAUGAACUUGAAAGAGAGGACGUGCCGCUUUUCUUGUACACAUACACUCAUAAGCCCUCUCUUGAGAAAGGGGACAGCGACUUAGCAUUAGCAUUGCCUGUUCGUGAUGGUUUGUCUGUAUUGUCAAAAGGUCUAAAUACCACUUUUCAUUUCCAGGGUGUUCAAAAGAUUGGACGAAGUCGAAAGUCAUUCCAGGGUAGUGACAUCUUAUCCCUCAUUCGGCGAACCAAACGAACGACAUGAAUAAUUAAGGAUCUCCACUUCCAUCUGUUUAUUUUGCCUUCCUUGUAUCAUUGGUGGAAAUGCUUUAUUGAGUAGAGAUUUGAAGUUUCUCUGUGGGGAGGAAUCAUAAAAUUAGGACAGCCACCCAAAUGCCAUGGUAUUUGAACCAACUUAGGAAUUUCUAUUGCGUUAUGACUGCUCCUAUUGCUAAUGGUAUGUUGCUUACUGAGAGAUUUUACUCUUGAAAGUUGCUCUCUUGAUGGUCUAAAUUCACCGAAGUUGUCAUUUCCAAGAGUCUACUGAUGUGAUUAAAAUCUGAGUUUGUCCUGUAUUUUAUACAUUGAGUCGAGAUUAUAUAGUAAGCCAACUUUUGUCUUUUUUCUGAAGUUUAAUGUCAAGAUGAAAUCUGGAGCCUUCAGCAAUUUAUUUA